AUGAAGCCGCCUGCGGCGAGCCCUACUGCUACCUCGACCAAGAGGCAGACGAGCCUUGCGGGCUUCUUCACCCCCGCCGGUUCCGCCAAGAAGAGCCGUACGGAAGCAGCACCCCGCCCGGUCGGGCGAGACGACGAUGAUGAGCCUGUAGCUAUCGCUGGCCCCUCGUCCGGUACCAAGCGCAAGCUUGGGUCGGCGGAAGACUCUGCGGUCGUACGGAACAUUGGCGUGGAGGAAGAAACACCUGAAGAAAGGCCAUCACCGACCGACGAGGACACCUUCAUCAACUACCCUCCUCGCACGCACCCGUCCUACCGCCUACCUCCUCGGCCCGACUACAACCAUCCCAUUCCCAUCAUGCCCCCUCCUCCCUCCCUCAUCUCCUCCCUCCGCUUCAAUACUUCUCCCCGCAUCAUCACGUCGCCGGCGGACCUCGAUCUCCUGUAUUUCAACCGGUUCAUCGACCCCUCGGGCGCCCGGCAGUUGACCAAGUACCUGCUGGAGGCGAUGCCGUGGUAUCGGGUCAACUACAGGACUCGUAUGGGGCAGGAUAUCAAGACCCCUCGGUACACUACGGUGUUUGGGAAGGACGCGACCCCGCUACCGUGGGAUCAGUACCCCAAGUGGAGUCCGCGUGCUAUUCCCGAGAUCCUGCUCAGGUUGAUGCAGAAGGUCGAGCAAGUCACAGGCGAGACGUACAACUUUUCACUCGUCAACUACUAUUCCUCCGGAACCGACUCGAUAUCCUACCAUUCCGACUCGGAGCGCUUCCUCGGCCCCAACCCCUGCAUAGCCUCCAUCUCCCUCGGCGCCCCGCGCGACUUCUUCCUCCGCCAUACCGAGCACAAGACUAACGGCCUCCCCGUCCAAAAGUUCAACCUGCACGAUGGGGAUAUGGUCGUCAUGCGCGGCAAGACGCAGCACAAGUGGGAGCACAGUAUCCCGAAGCGCGCCAAGGCGGAGGGGCGGAUCAAUAUCACGUUCAGGAAGGGAGUGGUGCAGUAUGCGACGGAGAAUUAUUUGACGUAUAAUGUGGGGACGGGCCCGAUGUUUAGGUGGGAAGGGGGGAAGAUGGUGGAGAAGGGGUAUGUGGGGUAG